AUCCUUUGUAGAGGAUACAGAGUGACAAUUAUCCCUGUGAAAGGGAAUAACCCUCAUCUGGCGAGGGUUGAAAUAAGUUUAGGAAAUCUCUAUUUUGGUGACUUUUAACUGUGAUGGCAAUAUCGUGAAUUUUUUAGGGAUGAAUGUUGAAAUUCUCCACAUUGUUCCAAUAUUUAUUGUCCUUGCAAUCCUUACGCUUAUUAUUUGUUGCUUCUUUUUAUGUUGUAAUUUUUGUUCUGACCUCGACUUUUCAAGGAAUUCAGCAACGAAAACUUGCAGACAAUCAUCUCUUAGGGAAUCGAAUGAAUUAAGGACAAGUCGCAAAUCACAUUGUGAAAGUUUUUCGGGAACAAGGACUGACCUAAAUGGUUCUACGUGCUCAAAUGAGGGACCUACGAGUGGUCCAAAUCCUCCAUAUCCUCUAGAAGAAUUUAUGCCUCUUCCAAACCCACCGAAAAGUGAGCCACCACAGCGCCCCAUUGGAUUCACAGCAGAAGUUCACAAUUCCGCAGGGACCCCACCCCCGCAAACCCCGAUCGCACCAGCAGCCCCCAAUCCACCGUAUCCAGUUGAGGGGCUAUCGGGAACUCCUUCGACAUGCAUAAGAAUGCCAGAACCACUAAAUGCUCAAACAGCAAAUACUCAACUGCCAAAUGCUCAACCUUUGAGUGCUCAAACAUUGAAUCCUACGAAUCCGCAGAAUACUGCGGAUCCACCUUCUUACAAUGACGUUAUUGCCAAAAAAAAUUUCUACCUCAAUAAGGAGCAGGAAUAAAGCUCCUCGAAUAUCUUACGCACUCUUCAAAUUAACCUUGCACCGAAGCUCUACCUAGUUGUGACGUAGAGUUAAUAAGACAGCCAAUGAAAACACUUUUCUAGAAUUUAUCAACCAACGCGGGGAUUUCUUGCGCUUCCUGAUUUUUUUGUCGAGUUCAGCGGACUUGAAUUUAUUCCAUGGGUGUGGUUUCGGUGCAAGGCUACUUUGAAUUGAAUAUAUAUCAUCUUUUGCAAUAUUAUUAGUAUUAUAGAAUAAACUUUCAUCAAAUUGUGAUUAAAUCUAUGUAAAUUAAUUUAUAAUUUUAUCUUAAAUAGAUUUAGAAUGUUAAAAAAAAAUCUAAAAGGAAAACGACCUAAAAUACGAAGACACUUUUCAUUUUCAUUGAAAAAAAUUAUAAAGCAGAAGAGAAAAAAAAAGAGAUAAACUACAUACAAACUAAACCAACAUUGUUACAUAAAUUAGGCACAAUAUUUGGAGAUAUUUUUCAGUCAACGUAACAUGAAAUAUUAAAAGCACAAGAAGACUAAUCUGUGUAAGAAGUUGUUUUCACACAAAAUCAAGAAAAAAUUCGGAUAAUAUAAAGUCAAUUAAAUUAAGGAUUUUUCAUGGGAAAUUUGGGAAAUGGAUUUUGAUAAAAAUCUUCUAGUAAUUGCCGGAUGUGGUAUUGGCCUUUUGGUACUUUGGUGGCUUUGUUGCAGAAAUUCUGAUUGCCUUGCUGAAGAUGAAGGCUACGCAAAACAUGACACUAAUAUUGUGGUAACAUCUGCAAGGCAUGUCCCGCUGGAGGAGAGUACCUACAAUGAGUCUCAACCAUUUCGGAGUAGACAUCAGGAGGGUUUCAACGGGAUGCGCACAGGGAAUGUAUACGAGGAAGCUUCAGCACCAGAUGCUCCUGAUCCACCAUAUCCUCUUGAGGACACCAUGCCAAUGCCUCAACCAUCUCCAAGAGAUGAUCGUACCAGUGCAGCAGAAGUCCACCAUAGCUCUGAGACAACCCCAUCAGCAACUAAUCAAUCAAAUUCCACCCCAUCGUGUCCUCCUCAGGAGGAUUCAUCCAGUUGUCCAGCAGUACAAUCAGAGAGCUCUACAAAUGAUAAUCCACCUUCCUACGAAGAAGUUAUGUCCUCAGAACAAUAGUAACACUCCAGGAAUCUUCCUUGUGCCUUAACCAAUACUCAGGUUACCUCUAAUCUCACUGCAAAGCGGAAUCUCAGGAAAUUUUUGGAUAAUUCUUUUAAUGUUGAAGCUAAAAUCGUUAAAUUCCAUUUUACAGAAUUUUGAAACAAGACUCAAUGCAACAUGUUAAAAUGUUUUUUGGAAUAUGUGGGAUGCAGAUCAUAGUGUGUCGUGGAACAAAUAAAAGAUCAACUGAAAAAAUCAUUAUAACUAUACGGGAAUAAAGUAACUCUGAGAAUAAACCCUUAGAAGUCUAUUUUAUCUCUCCACAUGGGGGCUCAACCGGGAUGGGGCAAGACGGGAGGAGUAUCCCGAAGACGUUAGAGCAGUGGUGCAGUGAGUGAAGAUUAGAAAUUGUGUGAAAAAGACGAUUGAAAAUUUUGAAGAUGAAGACGUACGAUGAAUUGGUUCGAGAGUGCACCACAAGGGAAUUGAGAGCGAAGUGUGAAAGACGAGGAUUGCCAUCGACGGGCAAUAAGGACGAAUUGGCGAAGAGGAUCGUGGCCAGGAAGCUACAAAAUUGUGACGGUGGAGCGAAGCUCUGCAAAACUUUGGAGAAAGACGGACUCCAAGGCAAAGAUGGAAAAACUUCGAAGAAAGACGGACUUCGGGGCAAAGACGGCAAAACUUUGGAGAAAGACGGACUCCAGAGCAAAGACGAUGCUAGCAAUGGAUCACAGGACGAAUUCCAGUGCAGCAAUGACGAAAAGAUGAGGCGAAAGCCAGUAAAGGAAAGACGAGAUCAGCUUCAAUUCUAUGAUGUGGAAGGAAGCAUUGAAGAGUUCAGUGGAAGCAAAUUUGAAGACGUACGACUGUGGCUGGAAGAAUUUGAUGACGUAGCUGAGAUGGCAGGAUGGUCAUCAAAGCAAAGAAUUUUGAUGUGUAAAAAAUUCUUGAGAGGAACAGCGAGAAAUUUUAUCUUUGCUGAGGGAACUGCGACUUCGUGGAGAGAAAUGAAAAGGAUGCUUGUGGAUGAAUUUGGAAAGCGAAUUAGUUCCGUGGAGAUUCACCGACGUUUGAGCAGCAGGAUGAAGAAGGAUGAUGAGACAUACCUGGAUUAUGUGUACGAGAUACAGAGGAUUGGAAAAAUGGGAAAUGUAGACGAAUCUUCCUUGUGUGAGUACGUGUGUGAUGGAAUUCCAGGAGAUGAAAUGGAAAAAUUAGUUCUGUACGAUGCUAAAACGAUUCGUGAAUUGAAGAUGAAGUUGGAACGUUACGAGAGGCAAAUGGAGAUACGCAAGAAGUACGUUGAGGUCGAAGAUGAAGAUGAAAUAUCCGAAGAAGAUUAUGAUUCCGAGGAGGAGGACGAAGAAGCUGAAGAGAUUGAUGAGAAUUCUGAUGAUGAAACAAGCGAGGAAAACGACGUAGAAUUUGAAGGAAGUGAUGAGAAGUCCGAAGAUGAGGAAUCAGAGAUAGAGAAAUCUGAAAUUUGGGUGAAUUCGAUUAUUGUGGAGGAAGAUGUACAAGUUACAAGCCCAGAGAUGAAACCAGAUGAGAAUGAGAUGAAAAAUGAUCAAGCUGACGAUGAGAAGAUGAACGAGAACAAUGAUGACAAGAAAGCCGUGAGUAAAUUGGAAGCAGUUGCUAUGUUGAACGAGAAAAGGAUUUUUGAGAUCGUUGAGAUGGAAUUUUACGAAGAAAUGAUGAAGAAGCUGUCGGAGAAUAACAGUGGUCCAAGGAUGUUGUAUGUGGACUACCGCGAGAUCAAUAGCAAAAUUAAUGAAUUAUGGUGAAGACGAUGGAUUGACAAAGAUGACGACUUGGCUAUGCGAUUGGACUACGAUAUGACUCAGAGGUCAUCCGAGGCCGGAUGAAUUGUCAGGAGAGGCCGUGUGGGAUGCAGAUCAUAGUGUGUCGUGGAACAAAUAAAAGAUCAACUGAAAAAAUCAUUAUAACUAUACGGGAAUAAAGUAACUCUGAGAAUAAACCCUUAGAAGUCUAUUUUAUCUCCCCACAAAUAUA